UUUGCGGCCCCUAUAAAGGCAAACACACAAUUGGACUCUGGGUAACUUGCUUUUCGGUAUUUUGUGUGUGUUCAACGGGUCUGCUGUGCGCCAGAGCAGUGUCCUCAUCUAAUGCAGCUUUUCGUAAACAACCCUUUCGGCACGACCUUCACUGUUGAGUUGUCCCCGCAGGAUACUGCUAAUUCUCUCAAGAGCAGGAUUCUGGGGAUCACCAGCUCGUCGGAUUUCAAUACUGCAGAUGUGCGGUUGACCUUUGCUGGCCACGAUCUGCCUGAUCGCGCAACGUUUGCGAGUGCGAAUGUCUCCAACGGGUGCACGCUGAGCUUUGACUUUCGCCUGAGGGGAGGAAUGCUUCCACAGCCAUGUCCAUUGCCCACCCCUCAGGAAUCGGACGACAGAGUCGCUCCUCGUCAGAUAGAAAGGGAUACAAUCAGUAUGACGCUUCCAGGACAGAUCAUGAUCUCAAUCCGAACGAUACAUGACCAAAAACUUGAUAUCUUUGCGCCACCCAGCAGCUCCGUUUUGUUCCUCAAACAGAAAAUAUCGGAGAGUAUUGAAGUGGACACUGAACAUCAGCGUUUGCUGUUUUCCGGGAGAGUUCUCCAAGACGACGGUACCCUUGAAGAUUAUGGUGUCGCAAAUGGGAGCGUAAUGCAGCUGUCUAUUCCACCUGGCCUUAAGAUCGCUGUGAAGACGGAGCCUCAAAGACGAAGACGAGGACAAGAAUCAGAGGUGCAGAUAUUUGUCAAGAAUCUGAAUGGCAAGACGAUGGCCCUGAUGAUCUCGCCGACGGACACGGUAGAAAAUCUGAUGAAGAAGAUCCAAGAGAGGACGGACAUUCCACCUUCUGAGCAGCGCAUCCUAUUCGGUGGGAAACAACUCGUGCCCGAUAGGAUUUUAGCGGACUACAAUAUUUCGAAGGAGAGCACGUUGCAUCUUGUACUUCGUUUACGGGGAGGAUUGUGAGGCAAAAGAUCGACGUGCAGUAUUAUGUUUUGGUUUCCAAUUGAUCCUCUUGUACGAUGUGUAGUGUAUGAUUAUGCCAUGGCCAUGUAAGCACUCAGGUAU